GACGUGGAUGUGGACGUGGACGUGGACAUGGACGUGGAUGUGGACGUGGACGUGGACGUGGACGUGGACAUGGACGUGGACGUGGACAUGGACGUGGACGUGGUCGUAGACGUGGACGUGGACGUGGACGUGGUCGUGGACGUGGACGUGGACGUGGACGUGGACAUGGUCGUGGACGUGGACGUGGAGGUGGACGUGGACGUGGACAUUGUCGUGGACGUGGAUUUGGACGUGGACGUGGACGUGGACGACGUGGACCUGGACGUGGACGUGGACGUGGACGUGGACGUGGACGAGGACGUGGACGUGGUCGUGGAGAUGGACGUGGGCGUGGACGUGGACGUGGACGUGGACAUGGACGUGGACGUGGACGUGGACAUGGACGUGGACGUGGACGUGGACGUGGACAUGGACGUGGACGUGGAUGUGGACGAGGACGUGGACAUGGACGUGGACGUGGACGUGGACCUGGACGUGAAUGUGGACGUGGACGUGGACGUGGACGUGGACAUGGACGUGGACGUGGACGUGGACGUGGACAUGGACGUGGACGUGGACGUGGACGUGGACGUGGACAUGGACGUGGACGUGGACAUGGACGACGUGGACACGGACGUGGAUGUGGACAUGGACGUGGACAUGGACGUGGACAUGGACGUGGACGUGGACAUGGACGUGGACGUGGACAGGGACGUGGACGUGGACAUCGACAUGGACGUGGACGUGGACGUGAACGUGGACGUAGAUGUGGACGUGGACAUGGACAUGGACGUGGACAUGGACGUGAACGUGGACGUGGUCGUGGACGUGGACGUGGACGUGGACAUGGACGUGGACAUGGACGUGGACAUCGACGUGGACAUGGACGUGGACGUGGACGUGGACGUGGACAUGGACGUGGAGGUGGACAUGGACAUGGACGUCGACGUGGACAUGGACGUGGAUGUGGACAUGGACGUGGACGUGGACAUGGACGUGGACGUGGACAUGGACGUGGACGUGGUCGUGGACGUGGACGUGGACGUGGACGUGGACGUAGACGUUGACGUGGACGUGGACGUGGACAUGGACGUGGACGUGGACGUGGACGUUGACAUGGACGUGGACGUGGACGUGGACGUGGACGUGGAUAUGGACGUGGACAUGGACGUGGACAUGGACGUGGACGUGGACAUGGACGUGGACGUGGACAUGGACGUGGACGUGGACAAGGACGUGGAGGUGGAUUUCGACAUGGACGUGGACGUGGAGGUGAACGUGGACGUGGCCGUGGACGUGGACGUGGACAUAGACGUGGACAUGGACGUGGACGUGGACGUGGACGUGGACGUGGUCGUGGACGUGGACGUGGACGUGGACGUGGACAUGGACGUGGACGUGGACGUGGACAUGGACGUGGACGUGGACGUGGACGUGGACAUGGACGUGGACGUGGACGUGGACAUGGACGCGGACAUGGACGUGGACGUGGACGUGGACGUGGACGAAGACGUGGACAUGGACGUGGACGUGGACAUGGACGUGGAUGUGGACGUGGACGUGGACGUGGACGUGGACGUGGACAUGGACGUGGACGUGGUCGUAGACGUGGACGUUGAGGUGGACGUGGACGUGGACGUGGUCGUGGACGUGGACGUGGACGUGGACGUGGACGUGGACAUGGUCGUGGACGUGGACGUGGAGGUGGACGUGGACGUAGACAUGGACGUGGACGUGGACGUGGACAUUGUCGUGGGCGUGGAUUUGGACGUGGACGUGGACGUGGACGACGUGGACCUGGACGUGGACGAGGACGUGGACGUGGACGCGGAGAUGGACGUGGACGUAGACGUGGACGUGGACAUGGACGUGGACGUGGACGUGGACGUGGACGUGGACGUGGACAUGGACGUGGACGUGGACAUGGACGUGGACGUGGAUGUGGACGAGGACGUGGACGUGGACGUGGACGUGGACGUGGACAUGGACGUGAACGUGGACGUGGACGUGGACGUGGACAUGGACGUGGACGUGGACGUGGACGUGGACGUGGACAUGGACGUGGACGUGGACGUGGACAUGGACGACGUGGACACGGACGUGGACGUGGACAUGGACGUGGACAUGGACGUGGAUAUGGACGUGGACAUGGACGUGGACAUGGACGUGGACGUGGACAUGGACGUGGACGUGGACAGGGACGUGGACGUGGACGUCGACAUGGACGUGGACGUGGACGUGAACGUGGACGUAGACGUGGACGUGGACGUGGACAUGGACGUGGACAUGGACGUGGACGUGGACGUGGUCGUGGACGUGGACGUGGACGUGGACAUGGACGUGGACGUGGACGUGGACAUGGACGUGGACGUGGAGGUGGACGUGGACGUGGACGUGGACGUGGAUGUGGACGUGGACAUGGACAUGGACGUGGACGUGGACGUGGACGUGGACGUGGUCGUGGACGUCGACGUGGACAUGGUCGUGGACAUGGACGUGGACGUGGACAUUGUCGUGGACGUCGACGUGGACGUGGACGUGGACGUGGUCGUGGACGUGGACAUGGACAUGGACGUGGACGUGGACGUCGACAUGGACGUGGAGGUGGACGUGGACAUGGACGUGGACGUGGAGGACAUGGACGUGGACAUGGACGUGGACGUAGACGUGGACGUGGACGUGGACAUGGACAUGGACGUGGACGUGGACGUGGACGUGGACAUGGACGUGGAGAUGGACGUGGACGUGGACGAGGACGUGGACGUGGACAUGGACGUGGACGUGGAGGACUUGGACGUGGACAUGGACGUGGACGUGGACAUGGACGUGGACGUGGACACUGACGUUGACGUGGACGUGGACGUGGACGUGGACGUGGACGUGGACUGGACGUGUGGACGUGGACGUGGACGUGGACUGGACGAGGACGUGGACGUGGACAUGGACGUGGACGUGGAUGUGGAGGACUUGAACGUGGACGUGGACAUGGACCUGGACGUGGACGUGGACGUGGACAUGGACAUGGACGUGGACGUGGACAUGGACGUGGACGUGGACGUGGACGUGGACGUAGACGUGGACGUGGACGUGGACGUGGACAUGGACGUGGACGUGGACGUGGACAUGGACGUGGACGUGGACGUGGACGUGGACGUGGACGUGGACAUGGACGUGGACGUGGACGUGGACGUGGACGUGGACGUGGACAUGGACAUGGAAGUGGACGUGGACGUGGACGUGGACGUGGACAUGGACGUGGACGUGGACGUGGACAUGGACGUGGUCGUGGACAUAGACGUGGACGUGGACGUGGACGUGGACAUGGUCGUGGACGUGGACCUGGACGUGGGCGUGGACGUGGACAUAGACGUGGACAUGGUCGUGGACGUGGACGUGGACGUGGACGUGGACAUGGACGUGGACGUAGACGUGGACGUGGACGUGGACGUGGACAUGGUCGUGGACGUGGACGUGGAAGUGGACGUGGUCGUGGUCGUGGUCGUAGACAUGGACGUGGACGUGGACGUGGACGUGGACGUGGACGUGGACAUGGACGUGGACGUGGACGUGGACGUGGACAUUGUCGUGGACGUGGACAUGGACGUGGACAUGGUCGUGAACGUAGACGUGGACGUGGACGUGGACAUGGACGUGGACGUGGACAUGGUCCUAGACGUGGAUGUGGACGUAGACAUGGAUGUGGACGUGGACGUGGACGUGGACGUGGACAUGGUCGUGGACGUGGACGUGGACGUGGACAUGGAGGUGGACGUGGACGUGGACAUGGACGUGGAAGACGUGGACGUGGACGUGGACAUGGACGUGGACGGGGACGUGGACCUGGACGUGGACGUGGACGUGGACGUGGACGUGGACAUGGACGUGGUCGUGGACGUGGACGUAGACGUGGACGUGGACCUGGACGUGGACGUGGACGUGGAGAUGGACGUGGACGUGGACGUGGAUAUGGACGUGGACAUGGACGUGGACGUGGACGUGGACGUGGACAGGGACGUGGACGUGGACGUGGACGUGGACGUGGACGUGGACGUGGAGGUGGACGUGGACGUGGAGGUGGACGUGGACGUGGACGUGGACGUGGACGUGGACGUGGACGUGGACAUGGACAUGGACGUGGACGUGGACGUGGACUUGGACGUGGACAUGGACAUGGACAUGGACGUGGACGUGGACGUGGACUUGGACGUGGACAUGGACGUGGACGUGGACGUGGAUGUGGACGUGGACAUGGACGUGGACGUAGACGUGGACGUGGACGUGGACGUGGACGUAGACGUGGACGUGGACGUGGACGUGGACAUGGACAAAGACGUAGACGUGGACGUGGACGUGGACGUAGACGUGGACGUGGACGUGGACGUGGACAUGGACGUGGACGUGGACGUGGACAUGGACGUGGACGUGGACGUGGACGUGGACAUGGACGUGGACGUGGACGUAGACGUGGACGUGGACGUGGACAUGGACGUGGACGUGGACGUGGACAUGGACGUGGACGUCGACGUGGACAUAGACGUGGACGUGGACGUGGACGUGGACAUGGACGUUGACGUGGAGUUGGACGUGGACGUGGACGUGGACAUGGAUGUGGACGUGGACGUGGACGUGGACAGGGACGUGGAAGUGGACGUGGACAUGGACGUGGAUGUGGACGUGAACAUGGUCGUGGACAUGGACGUGGACGUGGACGUGGACGUGGACGUGGACAUGGACGUGGACGUGAAUGUGGACGUGGACAUUGUCGUGGAUGUGGACAUGGACGUGGACGUGAACGUGGUCGUGGACGUGGACGUGGACAUGGACGUGGACGUGGACGUGGACGUGCACAUGGACGUGGACGUGGACGUGGACGUGGACGACGUGGACAUGGACGUGGACGUGGACAUGGACGUGGAAGUGGACGUGGACGUCGACGUCAACGUGGACAUGGACGUGGACGUGGACGUGGACGUGGACAUGGACGUGGUCAUGGACAUGGACGUGGACGUGGACGUGGACGUGGACAUGGUCGUGGAUGUGGACCUGGACGUGGACGUGGACGUGGACGUGGACAUGGACAUGGUCGUGGACUUGGACGUGGACGUGGACGUGGACGUGGACGUGGACGUGGACAUGGACGUGGUCGUGGACUUGGACGUGGACGUGGACGUGGACGUGGACGUGGUCGUGGUUGUGGUCGUGGACGUGGACGUGGACGUGGACAUGGUCGUGGACGUGGACGUGGAAGUGGACGUGGUCGUGGUUGUGGUCGUGGACAUGGACGUUGACGUGGACGUGGACGUGGACAUGGACGUGGACGUGGACGUGGACGUGGACGUGGACGUGGUCAUGGACGUGGUCAUGGACGUUGUCAUGGACAUGGUCGUGGAUGUGGACCUGGACGUGGACGUGGACGUAGACGUGGACAUGGACAUGGUCGUGGACGUGGACGUGGACGUGGACGUGGACGUGGACAUGGACGUGGACGUGGACGUGGACAUGGACGUGGACGUGGACGUGGACGUAGACGUGGACGUGGACAUGGUCGUGGACGUGGACGUGGAAGUGGACGUGGUCGUGGUUGUGGUCGUGGACAUGGACGUGGACGUGGACGUGGACAUGGACGUGGACAUGGACUUGGACGUGGACGUGGACAUGGACGUGGACGUGGACGUGGACGUGGACGUGGUCAUGGACGUGGUCAUGGACGUGGUCGUGGACGUGGACGUGGAGGUGGAGGUGGACGUGGACGUGGACGUGGACAUGGACGUGGACGUGGACGUGGACAAGGACGUGGACGUGGACAUGGUCGUGGACGUGGACGUGGACGUGGACAUGGUCGUGAACGUGGACGUGGACGUGGACGUGGACAUGGACGUGGACGUGGACAUGGUCCUAGACGUGGAUGUGGACAUAGUCAUGGAUGUGGACGUGGACCUGGACGUGGACGUGGACAUGGUCGUGGACGUGGACGUGGACGUGGACAUGGACGUGGACAUGGAGGUGGACGUGGACGUGGACGUGGAAGACGUAGACGUUGACGUGGACGUGGACAUGGACGUGGUCGUGGACGUGGAAGACUUGGAUGUGGACAUGGACGUGGACGUGGACAUGGACAUGGUCGUGGACGUGGACGUAGACGUGGACGUGGACCUGGACGUGGACGUGGACGUGGACAUGGACGUGGACGUGGACGUGGAUAUGGACGUGGACAUGGACGUGGACAUGGACGUGGACGUGGAAAUGGACGUGGACGUCGAUAGGGACGUGGACGUGGACGUGGACGUCGACAUGGACGUGGACGUGGAGGUGGACGUGGACGUGGACGUGGACGUGGAUGUGGACGUGGACAUGGACAUGGACGUGGACGUGGACGUGGACGUGGACGUGGUCGUGGACGUCGACGUGGACAUGGUCGUGGACUUGGACGUGGACGUGGACAUUGUCGUGGACGUCGACGUGGACGUGGACGUGGACGUGGUCGUGGACGUGGACGUGGACGUCGACGUGGACAUGGACAUGGACGUGGACGUGGACGUGGACAUGGACGUGGACGUUGACGUGGACAUAAACGUGGAUGUGGACGUGGACGUGGACAUGGACGUGGACGUGGACGUGGACGUGGAUGUGGACGUGGACGUGGUCGUGGACGUGGACGUGGAGACGUGGAAGACUUGA